AUGUCCUUCUCGUCAACAAGAAUAAACAUGGAACAUACACUUCAAGUGGUCUCUGGCUAUACCUUUUGGUCAGAAGAUUACCAGGCGGGUAUCUCUUCACUUCUAAACGUAACCAAAAGUGACAUCUCUGAGUUGAGACGGAACAUUGACUUGAUCAGAACCUUAGAUUUGCACACCAUAUCGCCAGCAGUUCAGUCACUGAAGGAUCUAAUAGCAAGAACCGCCUGCUCUGGGGACGAUGAAUCUCUGAGCAGUGAUCUCCAGAAAUUUCAAACGCUUUGGUUGGAGCAACUACAUCGAAAACUCGACAACGUCAAUCAUUCAAAAUUGGAACGGACUUGUCUGGCUCCUUUAGAAGCCCUAGCUUUUGAAUAUGAAGAGUAUUUUCAAGAAUCCCAAGAGUCAUUGAGCCAGAAUUAUGUUUGCUACACUAAGCGUCUCGUUUCAGCAAAACAGGAGCAACAAGAAUUGACCACUAGGGCUGAAAAGCUGAGGGAAGCUUGCACGAAAGAGCUCUCUACAUUGGGUAGUGGAGAGCUUGCGACAACAGACAUUAUAAGUGGGGAUAAGUCCAAGGGUUCAAUCGACCCUUCAACCUCGUUCCCAUUUUCGUUGGAUGAAAGGGUCAUUUUCCAAACUCGAGAUGACAUGAUCAAGUUCUGUCGCAAACUCAGGGAUCUUACCAAAAUCUCAAAAAGGUUGUUUCCGCUUCCGGGCUUGCCUACUGAGUAUUUCUCUAGUACGCAACUCUUCGAAGCUCUUAGGCGUCUGGAGCCUAGCAUCGACCCUUCCUUAUACAAUAUGGAACGAAUAGGUCAGACCCUUUUGAAUUCUGAAGUUAUUUCACCCUACCAAACAGUGUUAGGGACACGGGUGAGCUUCACAGCUGAUGAAUACUACACAUGGGGAAAUGUAGAACUAAAUGUAGAAACCAGCUCGAGCGUAAAAACUCAGCAGACUAGUGCUGUGAUUAACAAGUUUCUAACGAAACUAAGUGGCAAACCGCCAGAGAACAAUAAGAUCACCACUUUGGAGGAGCUGGAAUUGAGGCGCAUUGAAUUUGCAGCAAUCGAAACGCAACUUUUUCAAUCCUGUCAGGACCUGGAUUACUGGCGCUCACAACUAGAAAUAGAGCUUGAAAAAGCCAUGCACCAUUAUUGGAAACUGUUUCAUCGAAAAAAUAGCUGUUUGAUACAAGUUAACAUAACGCUAUCAUCAAUGAUACAAGACUCAUUUUCGCUGCCGGCUAACCAAGUUGCGCUCGACGGCAAUAACGAAACCAAGAGGAUUCUGAGUGCCAAUCAUAGUACAGUCGGCUAUUAUGUACCACAGCCUGGGGUAACGUUUUCCAAGUAUAACGCUAAUGGCUAUAUGGUGGGGCCUGCGAUUUUUCACACAGAUUUGCGAAAUUCGCAAUCAGACGAAACUGGAAUAGCUAUAGUGAUGAAGGUCCUGAUAAAUUGGCUUGAGAAAUGCGAGCCAAGUGAGGUUUUAAGGGCCUGGUCAUUACCGAUAGAUCUGAAGCGAAGCUCAAGGCUUCGUCGCGAAUUAGUCACACAGUUUAAAGCAGAAGAGGGCGACCACCUCGCAGCACUUACCCACUUUCUAGCCGCAAACACGCAAGAACUAACAGACGUCAUAGGAACCUUGCAAAACUGGCUACUGGAGUUGCCUGACAGUCUUAUUCCGAUGGCUUACUAUGAGCGGGUCAAAACUCAGGGGAUGCAGGGGCUUGCAAGAGCCCCUAAAGAGAACUUGCUUAAUUUGAGGGUACUUUGCGAGCAUUUCGGCUGGCUUGUUAAGCAUUGUGGAGCGAAAGCCGUUGAAAGAAUAUUUUAUGAUCGACACGACUUUCCCUUAUACCAUCUGUUUGCUCGGAGUAGGGUCCAAAAACCCCAGGACAGGGAGGUGAUGACAAGGGCUAUAAGCGACCUUUUUUGCUCGGAAGGGAAUUCCAAUAAAAUUUUAGAAUUGGCAGCUAUGGAGAAGGAGCCCUAUAUCGCAAGGCUGAAUGUCGCUGAAGACCAACCCUCGAACACUUCGACAAUUUUCGUCCCCAGGCCCUUAAAAACAGUUAGUACUGUGCCAUCGCCUGUAUCUUCUCGUCCUGCUAGCAAGCGCAUAAGUGGUAUUGAUAUCUUGAAUAGAGAGAGUGAAUCUAGUGCUGGUACUGGAUGA